GUGGCGAGGAUCUUGAAAAAGAGAUAUUAAGAAGCAGUGAUGGAGGUGAAAUAAUCAUGGAAACGAAAACGUUUGACACUCCUAUAACGGACUUCUUUUACAUUAAUGGCACUACAAAAAUUCUUAUUCGUACGAAUGAUCAAAUUUGGAAAAGUGAUGACGAAGGUCGUUCAUGGAAGCUUAUCGAACAACUUAAAGGCGUUAAAGUUCUUGCUAUGAUCAAAAAUCAUUACUUUGCAGAUAAUAUAUACUUUAUUACACUGUCUGAGCAACAAUAUUAUACUACUGAUGCUGGCGAGAAUAUAGAGAGUAUGACGGUUCCUAAUCGACCUAAUACUCUUGGGUUACCAAUUUUAGACUUUCAUCCUAAGAAGGAGGGAUGGCUUAUAUAUACUUCCAACGAAAGAUGUAAUGAAACAUCUUCAUCUGAGUGUGCUGCGGCACAUUAUACAACGAAUAAUGGGUUAAAGUGGAAUCCACUUGAUAAUUAUGUUAAAAUUUGCUCGUGGGCACUCGAUACCAAAUUUGUUGUUAAUGAUGAACAACUUAUCUUUUGUGAAUCAUAUAAAUAUAAAAAAGGAUCACAAAAAACGCCUAUCAACAAUCCACUUCAAUUAUGGUCAUUUAGUAUCCUUGAUACAAAUAUAACUAAAACUAAACUGUUUGACAAUAUUGCUGGAUUCGCUACUUUUGAACAAUAUAUGAUAGUCGCCGAGGCGCGUAUCUCUUCAUUAAAUUUAAUAAAUAUCUCGCAAUCUGCUCAAGGUCUUCGUUUAUCGGUGUCCUUGGAUGGCACGAAUUUUACUGAAGCAAAGUUCCCAGUUAAUAUGCAAGUAGCAAAAAAUACCUUCACAGUUUUAAAGUCCGUCACCUCUUCUAUUAUACUACAUGUUACCACAUCAUCUCAAAACCUAUGGGGGACUAUUUUAAAAUCAAAUUCUAACGGAACCGAUUUUGUUCAAUCUUUGGAGUUUGCGAACUGUAAUGAUUUAGGCUUUGCUGAUUUUGAAAAGAUGAAAGGAAUUAAUGGAAUUGCUUUAGCAAAUGUAGUCAGUAAUGUAGAUGAGUUAAAUAUGGGUGGUACUAAGAAAAAAAAAAUGAAAUCUAGAAUUACGUUUAAUGAUGGUAGUAUUUGGGAACCAUUAACAAAACCUGUUAAUGACUUGAAUGGUAAUUCAUAUAAUUGUAGUAAUUGUUCUUUACAUCUUCAUGGCUAUACUGAACGCAAAAUUCCUAGAGAUGCUUUUAGCUCUCUAUCUGCUGUGGGUUUGAUGAUGGGCGUAGGAAAUGUUGGAGACUAUCUAACUUUCUACUCGGACGGGGAUACUUUCUUAACUCAAGAUGCCGGUAAAACAUGGAUUGAAGUAAGAAAAGGAGCUCACUUAUUUGAAUUUUGUGACCAAGGGGCCAUUUUGAUUAUGGUAGACGACGAAGGACCUACAUAUAAUUUCUUGUAUUCGCUUGAUACGGGUAAAUCGUGGCAACAAUAUAAUUUCACAGAACCGACGAAGCGUGUUCGAGUUCAUGCCAUUUCAACUUACCCCGGCGGUAUCAGUAAUAAAUUCCUUUUACAUGGGAGUUAUGAACGCGAUUCGAAUAAAGAAGUUAUCAUUUAUCUCGAUCUUUCUGCCAAGCUGCCCAAAACAUGCACUGCAUCCGAUUUUGAAGACUGGUUGCCACCUCGUUCAGGAGAUUCUGGAUGUUUCUUUGGCGAAAAUAUUAAAUAUCGUCGUAAAAUUUCCAGUCAUACGUGCUAUAUUGAUGAUGAAAUCAUACAUCCUAUUGUAACUUCAAAUUGUUCUUGCACUAUUCAAGAUUAUGAAUGUGACUACAAUUAUAUCCGUAAUGAUAAAGGAUCGUGUGUAUUAGCGCCCAAUGUCGAAUCUUUAGAGUCCAGCAUGGAGGAACAAUGUGCCAAUGGGGGAACAUAUUGGUACAAGCCAUCUGGCUACCGCAAGAUUCCUAUCUCUAAAUGUUCGGGUAGUGAAGAUCUUUCAAGAAGUAAAGAAUCUUGCCCUAACGCAUUGUCUGCACUGUUUGUGGUUUUAUUUGUCUUGUCAUUUUGUAUCAUUGUAGGAAUGUUUGUAGCAUAUGUUGUGUACAACAGACGCAGUCGUUAUUCUGGAUAUUCAACAACAGGGCGUAUUCGUUUUAGAGACCCUUUAAGCACUAUAUUGUUAUUGCUUUCAAGCAUAUCAUCAAUUGUUAUGGAUCUCAUUUCAUCGAUUUCAUCGAUUAGAGUACCAACAUUUAUUUCACGAUUCUUUUCAGGGAUUUCAACACCAUCUUCACGUUCUAGAUAUCAAUAUAGUCCUUUGUCACAAGAUGAUAAUCAUCUCGAAGUCACGUUAGAUGAUUACAUUGAUGGCGAAUAA